ACCAGUUUAGUCAGAUCUAAGUCAUACCUACACGUUACACACGUGGACUAUCUCAUCAGAACCCGGACAAAUUCCCCAUCAUACUAACCAUGAAAUCACUUUGGAGGACUAUUAGUAUUUUGGUUGUAAUCCAUAACGUUCUGGCUUCUUCGGCUCCAGCUACCCCAAUGGUUCAUAAUUCUACGCCUUCAUUAAAACCAUCGACAAGAAAACCAGCCACAACACCAACAACACACGCACCAACAACACCAUCCACAACACCAACCACAACACCAACAACACACGCACCAACAACACACGCACCAACAACAACAACACCAACAACACACGCACCAACAACACAAACAACACACGCACCAACAACACCAACAACACCAACCACAUCACCAACAACAACACCAACAACAACACCAACAACAACACCAACAACAACCACAACACCAACAACACCAGCGGCAACACAAGCACCGCUAACAUCACUAUCACAAACCAUAACAACAAGAUCACCGUCGUCAACACCGCCACCAACCGGAGCCCCUACAGCCUCACAAACAAAUCAACCGACGACGGUGAAAGCAUCAUCACUGACAGGGAGUCCUCCAAAUUCACCAAUGACAGGGAGUCCUCCAAAUUCACCAAUGACAGGGAGUCCUCCAAAUUCACCAAUGACAGGGAGUCCUCCAAAUUCAUCAAAGACAGGGAGUCCUCCAAAUUCACCAAUGACAGGGAGUCCUCCAAAUUCAACAAUGACAGGGAGUCCUCCAAAUUCACCAAUGACAGGGAGUCCUCCAAAUUCAACAAUGACAGGGAGUCCUCCAAAUUCACCAAUGACAGGGAGUCCUCCAAAUUCACCAGUGACAGGGAGUCCUCCAAAUUCGCCAAUGACAGGGAGUCAUUCUCCGAUUACUCGGUCUUCCGCUAUAUCUGCGACUACCGGAAGUAAUCCUUCGCCGACUGCGGUCUCUAACGACACCCACUCUACUGCUGGUGUAACUGGCACGGCAAAAACUUUGGCAAAAAAUGACGAAACAAACAGCGAUGACCUUCCCUAUGACCGAGACUUGGUCAUCAUCUUCAGUUCAUUGGCCGGACUAGUACUGGUGGCAAUCAUUGUGUUCGCACUUUUUAGACACAACAGAGCUCAGAAACAAAAUCGGUACAAGACGGGAGGGGGCGACGUAUCUAUUGGAAUGUCCACAUUUUGAUCCAGUCACAAAAAUCGGUAGCAGACGGGAGGGGGCAACGUAUCUAUUGGAAUGUUCACAUUUUGAUCCAGUCACAAAAAAUCGGUAGCAGACGGGAGGGGGCAACGUAUCUAUUGGAAUGUUCACAUUUUGAUCCAGUCACAAAAAAUCGGUAGCAGACGAGAGAGGCGACUUAUUUAUCGGAACAGGUCAUAUCGCAAUAGGAAGAACAUAACUUGAACAAAUCAUAACUAAAUGAUGAGAGGAUGCUUUACAAAUCGGUUUUAUCCAACACUUUAUUGACAGUUUCUGGAUAUAAGAUAACUGUUUCGUGAAAACGUGAUAAACCUGAAGUCCUUGAAGUAAUGGAUUGGUGAUAAUGUUUGUAUGCUCAUCAUGUUAGCUCGUCCACCAAGUACAGUGGACAACUAUUUAUGUGUUGGCUGAUUAGUGGAUCAAUCGAUAACCGGACAGUGGCCAUGGACAUUACCGGAUUAACGAAUUCCGACUGGAUUCAAUAAACCGAUAGACGUUAAUGAUGUUAAUUUAUGAUAACUAUCUUAUACACGUUAUAUAUGUGCUUCAUUUCUGUUUUCGAUUACAACAUGUUAUACACGUGCAUUACGUAAUGUUGUUUAUUUUGUUUCAUGAUAAAAAUGAUAAUUGUUAUUAAGACAGACAUUAUUGUAUAUAUGGUAUGUUUGAAGUACGGUUGGGACUACAACAAGUAGACCGUGCUGAGAAACAAGGCCCGGUUCAUAUUGAUAACUUAUUGCUAACUUUAUAAUGUUGUUUUUUAAGUUUUCGUAAUAUCGCAACACGUUAUCAUGUUACCUUAACGGGGUAAUGUUUUCUGUAAAUGUAUUUAGUCCCUUUACCAGUAUUGUAACAUUUUAAAGAUCGUGUUAUUUUAUUGAUAAGAUCUUUUCCCACAUGACCAUCAAUAAAAACAACAUGAAGUGUGUUACUAUUAACACUGUAUAUAUUGUCAUUAGUUGCCACGUUACAUAGAGGCAAACAUCCUUUAUCAAAAUGACGAAUUAUAAAGUCGUGUAUUACAUUGAAUUUAGUCCGUAGUUUAGAUUAUCGAGUUAACAAUCAGCUAUAUGUACUUCCUAGUAAAGAUCUAAAUACCAACGGAGAUCAGCAGGUGAGCUCGGGGGAGAAAUGCUUAAGAUAUAAUGUAUUAUGGAAACGCCAUGAUCUCAUCUGACGAUAGACCAAACCUUUACCUAAUCUUAAAUCAGAUUUCAGUGGGGUUAGUUUCGUCAAUAUUUCCGAAAUAAGAAAGGUUCCAUAACUUAAAUUUUCUCCUUCAAUUCUAUAAUAUUUCCCUAUGGAAAAUGUUGUGUUAAGGAAUUUUCUUAGGAACGUUGCUGAACAUGGCACCCUGUGGUGCGAGCUGAUUCAAUGGAAUCGAAAAUGGUAAAAUUAAAAAACAUCAAAAAUGUCAAACCCCAUAUUUCCUAAUUAGAUUAUGAUGAUGAUCAUGAAACUUUCACAUAAUCCUCAGUAAUCCGCAUUUAUUGAACCCCCUUGUUUCUAGUU